UGUGGUAAGAAAACACCAUGUCAGGACGACCGUUAUAAAUAACUGCUGCAGCAGAAAUUUGAAAAUCCCCGGCAAAAGUAGAAGGGAGAGAGAGAGAGGGAGAGGGAGAGAGGAAGAGAGGAGGGUGUGUCAUGGAUUCGCUCUUCCAAGAAGAGAUUCAAAGCGACAUCUUCUGGUUUGAUCAAUCGCCGCCGCCGCCGCCAGUGAACCGGAGCGCCUUUUCACCGUACGCAGCAUCGUCGCCCGUCGAUCCGUACUGGCUGCCGGGUCAAGACCGAGGCUUCAAGCCGAACCCAGGGAAGAACAUGAACCAGCGGAUGAUGGAGUUCUUGAGGAGGAGCUGGGCCGAGCCGAGGCAGACCCAAGAGUUCGAAAGCGAGCGGGGCUUCCGACACAUGAUGAACGAGAGGAUGAGGAGGGAGAGGCAGAAGAAUAGCUACUCGGCACUGCACUCCGUAUUGCCUCUUGGUACCAAGAAUGAUAAGAACUCCAUCGUCCAAACAGCUUGCAUGAGGAUCAAGGAGCUGGUGAGAUACAAGCAAGAGCUGGAGAGACAGAACCGGGAGUUGAAGUCUGGUCCAAAUGAGAAGAGAGGGGACAAAGCCGGAGGAGGGACCAAAAUUAGAGUCAAGAUUGCAAACCCAACGUCUGGGGUUGAUUCCAUGCUGGAGGUCCUCAAGUGCUUGGACAACAUGGGACUGAAAGUUUCGGCGAUUCAAACGCAGUGCUCGACCGACGAACUUCUCGCCGUAAUCGAGGUUCAAAAUGAGAAGAUUGAAGCAGCAAACGUUGAACAGGUCAUCCAGUGGACACUGCUCGAAGCCGAGAGGAAACUUCUUCACAAUAAUUUCGAGGGCAAGAUGGACUGGUUAAGCUAACAACGUACGAACAUCGACCCCAAGUUCCUUCCACGUCAGCUGGGGACUUUUCUCCUCCUUACAUGUUUGUGAAUAGGACGAAAUUUCCCUCCGAUCCUACAUUUGAUCGACUAGUCAAACGUUAUGAGUAUCAUCCACGUGCAUAUUUGAUCAUAUAAAGAUGUGGAUAACGUUCAUACUUGUAACUCACCAAUCAAAAGUAUGGUUCUUCUUUAAAAAAAAAUCAAAAGUAUGGUUGGAGAAGGUUUUUUUCGAACAGGAUUGUAUGGAAAUAUGGUUCUCGUAAAUAAAACAUCAGCGGUUCUUAAUGAGCUGCUUUUGACCAAAUAAGGCUUUUGUAUUCGAUCAAGUUUCGUCCACCGUGCUCUACGAGAAAGUUUAUAUUCAUGUACAGUGUUACCAAAUUUAGAAUUGAGAUAUGUAUACUUCAAUCAUCAACGGAAGAAGGGGUUAACCCAUUUCACUAGUAUGGUAUCGGACUCGCACGCGUGCAAAAGCUUUCUAAUCGGCUCACUCAGAGACGCUACAUGCUAACCACUAGUAAUUGAAAAGUAGGGUUAUAUGAUGCUAGUGGAUACACCAAAAGAUAUGAGACGUUGAAGGGUCAAAAACGCCGUCGAAGGAACCCAAUGACUUAGCGUUGAUAUGAGAGAGGGGUCAACAAAGCCGCUGAUCCAAAACCAUCAUGCAAAGGCACAAGAAAUUGACAAUUCAAGCGAGACCCACCAAGGUUUGAUGACCAGCCAAUCCUUUUCUGACUCUUUUGAGUCACGCACACGGGCACGCAUAUGUCAGUAUAGCCUUAGGAAUCUUGGAAAAAAUGGUGGGGAAUCUCGUGGGUUGUCCCCGUACAUGUUGACAAUGAUCUAAAGUUGUCCGUGGGAAGAGGUUCGUCUUUUAGCGCCUACUUGGGAAGGACUUCACGUGAUGAAUGUUACCCGCUAGCUUCGUAUUUAGUUGAUGAAAAUAGAUAAUUUAAUGGGAUGUGGAUGUUGUUUU